UUUUUGACAUUUUAAUCCAAGGAUUUUCUCAAAUUCUUAUACCGAUUGGUUUCUGCCUGUGGGACCAUUCCGCGAAAGAUUAAUCGCAUGAAAUAUCAAUCAAGUUUCGGAUUGACGUGAAAAAACUGACUGUUGAUUAAAAUAGUUAAUUACAGACGAAAUAUAAAUUUGAAUUCCUUAACUGUCCGCAAAAGGGGAAAGUUUACUCAGUGUUGCAAUGCCUAACCCUAUAAAAAUUGCAAAUUAUUACAAACUACAAACAAUUAGCCUGAAGCGAAUUAUUAUCUUUUACGAAAAGAUUGUAACGUUGGCCUGUUAAGCUGUUAACUCUUUAUAAAAUCUGUUUUUAGUUAAUAGUUCCUUGCCAUUUUUCUGCGCUAGUAAUUAUGCGCAGAGUUGAGAUUAGAGAAGGGCAGACGCCAUUUGUUUGGCGAAGUCGUCCGCUGAUACUUGCUUUUUUCGUUCGUCUGCCAUUAUUUUUGUGUUUUCCUUUAAGUUAAAUCACGUUUUCUCUUGUUCCCCCGUCGAGGACGUAGAUAUUUUUCUUUUCAGCCGGAUUCUUUAGAUUUUCUUAUUUGAAAGUUAGAAACAGGAUAAGUAACGUUAACACCAUGGAGUACCGCCUGGGAUCCAUGUCUUUAUGGACGAAGGCCCAACAACUCCAAGGGGAAGCCCUCCAGCAGGUCCAGGCUGUUUACGGGGAGCACUUUCCGAUCGAAGUCCGUCACUUUUUGGCCCCUUGGAUCGAAGACAAGAUGUGGGCGGAAAUAGAGCCUGACAAUCCUCAACAUGAACAGUACGCGACGACUUUAUUCACAUCACUUGUCCAGGAACUUCAAGUCAGGGCAAACAGCCUGGUUUCCGAAGAACAUUUCAUAACUAAAAUAAAGUUGAUGGAUGCCGCUAAUUUUUUCCAGCAACGUUAUGCGCACAACCCCUUGGCUUUGUUCGGUAUCCUUAAGCAUUGCUUGAAUACAGAAUUGAAAUUAGUGCAACAGGCUGAAAACGCUGGUGUGGACCUUGGCGGAGGUGGUAUGAGCACUGUAGCUGCUGAAAUUGCCCAGCAGUUGGAAAUCUUAAGAGCUAGGACGCACGAAACCUCUGAAGAUCUAAGGCGAAUGGAGCAAGAGCAAGAAUCUUUUGCCCUACAGUAUCAUGAAUGCACAAAGCUCAAUGCUCAUAUCUCCCACUUGCAAAGUCAACCGCAAAAUGCUCAGAACAUUGAAUUGGACAGAAAAUUGAAGAGGCAAAAAGAGAUGCUAGAACAGAUCUUGAGUCAAAAAGUUGGCGGAUUGUUACAACAAAGAAUUACAUUGACAGACAAACUGAAAUGCACUCUUAAUUUGAUACAAUCCGUACAGUGUCGGAUUCUAGACGACGAACUGAUAAAAUGGAAAAGGGAGCAACAAUUGGCGGGGAACGGUGCCAAGUUCAACAACAAUCUAGAUUUGAUACAGGAAUGGUGUGAAACGCUCGCCGAGAUCAAUUGGCUGAACCGACAGCAGAUCAAAGAGGCUGAAAGGCUUAAAGCGAAACUGCCGCUCGACAGCCAAGGUGUCGCCGACCUUCUUCCCCAUCUCAAUUCACAAAUUACCCAACUGCUUUCGAGUCUUGUCACAAGCACGUUUGUCAUCGAGAAACAACCCCCUCAGGUGAUGAAAACUAACACGAGAUUUACGGCGACUGUGAGGCUCUUAGUAGGAGGAAAGCUAAACGUUCAUAUGACUCCUCCUCAUGUUAAAGUGACGAUAAUCAGCGAAGCUCAAGCAAAUUCACUUUUAAAAAAUGAAAAAGUCUCUAAAGGAGAUGCCAGUGGUGAGAUUUUGAAUAACACCGGCACGAUGGAAUACCAUGCUGCAACAAGACAAUUGUCUGUCAGUUUUCGGAACAUGCAGUUGAAAAAAAUCAAACGGGCAGAAAAAAAGGGUACAGAAUCCGUUAUGGAUGAGAAGUUUUCACUUUUGUUUUCUUCACAGUUUUCUGUUGGAGGCGGUGAACUAGUCUUCCAGGUAUGGACUCUUUCUUUGCCAGUUGUUGUCAUUGUUCACGGGAAUCAAGAGCCACACGCUUGGGCCACGGUGACAUGGGAUAAUGCAUUUGCAGAAGCCGGUAGAUCACCUUUUGCCGUCCCUGACAAAGUCCUUUGGCCUUAUGUUGCCGAAGCUUUAAACAUCAAGUUUUGCUCUCAAACUGGAAGACAGCUAAGCGAAGACAGCUUAAGGUUUCUUGCUGAAAAAGCAUUUAGAACAAGCAAUGUUAAUGAUUUCUCCGGUAUGAUGCUCAGUUGGUCGCAGUUUUGUAAAGAGCCUUUGCCCGAAAGAAACUUUACUUAUUGGGAGUGGUUUUAUGCAGUGAUGAAACUGACGAGGGAACACCUCAAAGGACCCUGGGUUGAUGGUUGUAUCCUCGGUUUUGUAAGGAAAAAGCAAGCCGAAGAAAUGCUCUUGACUUGUGCCAAUGGCACGUUUCUUCUUCGUUUUUCUGAUUCAGAACUCGGUGGUGUUACGAUAGCCUGGGUUGGCUGUACAGAAGAUUCAAAACAUUCUGAAGUCUUUAUGCUGCAGCCUUUCACAAGUAAGGAUUUUGCAAUAAGGAGCCUGGCCGAUCGAAUAUCCGAUCUUCACCAUUUGUUGUAUCUCUAUCCUGAUGUUUGCAAACAGCAAGCAUUUAGCAAAUAUUACACACCAUUUACAGAUAACAAUUCCACGACGACUAAUGGAUAUGUGAAACCCAUGCUGGUAACCCAGAUUCCAAGGUUCAGCAAUCCCAACAGCCUGCCACCCACACCACAAGCGAUCUUUCAACCACAAUCUCCAGAAAACAGCACAGUUGGAGAUAAUGUGAACAGCUACAUAAACGCAACUGAAAUGGAUUACCUGCUUGGAGUCGAGUUGUCAGGCAUCGACGACACUACCAUCGACAACUUUCCUGAUUUGAUGCAGUAUGCAAAAUAGUGAGAAAUUAUUGUUUUACAAUUUCCCACACCCGCAAGUACAAAAAUAAGAAUGUGACACGUUUUAAUUAAAAGGAAUGGAAACAAUUUACAUAAAAAAAUUUCCUCAGGGUUGUUUGCUAUCUUUACAUUUGAGGCAUUGGGUGUGAAUCCCUUGAUCAAGUCCUCCAUUUUAUUCAAACAAUUUUUAAUUAAUAUUUAUUUGCGCCCACUCUAUUAAGAUUUUUAUAAACUUGCAUCAUAAAACUGCUCUCUGCAACUGUUUUUAGCAUUUCAUAAUUUCAAUGCCUUAAAAUAAUAGAAGAGAAAGCCUUAAGAUUUAGAAUGUUAGGUCAAAAGUGCCAUUGAAAGUUUAAAUAGUUUAAGUAAAUAAAGUAUAUUUAGAAGAAAAAAUGUAUUGUCAAUUCAUUGUAAUGUUUAGAGUUUAUAUAGAUUUUAUUUUCUCAAAUUAUGUGAUACCGUUCCAGGCAGAUAGCGUAAGACCAUAAAAAUGGAAAAAAUUGGCCUGUGUUGCCCCUUUGCAAUAUUUUUUAUUUAUAGUUUGUAAAGUUCUAUAUCUUGUUCUACUUGGAUUGUUUUCUUGUUUGAUGUUUUAUGUAUUUGUUAAGGGUGAUAGAAAAGUGUGGAUUAUUUUCGCAAUUGUGGCAUCUGUGAUAUUUAAGGAAUGGCGAUAUAUUGAAGGAUGGACUCGUUUGAAAGUUCAACUGCCUUUUAAACAUUUUUUGUAUUAAUUUUAACAUUUUAUAAGCUUUCGUGAGCCUGCUAUUUUGAAGAUAUGACUUCCAUAAUUACAGAUUGAAAUCAAUGACUUUGUUUAGCAUUAAUAAACAAGAAUUAAUUUCUUAUGCCCAAUAGUUGCUUAGGUUACAAAUUACUGCUUAAUAAUAUGCCCCUAAACCGGUUACUAUUUUUUAACGUUUUAUAAAAUUAUUGUUCCAUAAUUUAAAAGAGUUAUAAUGUCCGUCUAUUGACCCAUCAUGAUUAAAUGUGAUUUAUGAUUAAAUGUACUUAUACAAAUACUUCCUUCUACAAUUUUUCUCACUUGAUUUCUUCCAGUUUUUGUCUACUUCUUUUAAAUUGUAUACAAUAAAAAUUUUAUUUGUUUACUCUUUUUUAUACUUGUUGUUAAGAAAUAAUUAAAUAAAGAAAAAUGGGUUACAUUAGCUUAGUUUUGAUGUAUUGCUGAUGUUAAUCAGGGAAAUUGGAUAAAGUGCAAAUUUCUGUGAGAAGUUUGUUCUAUUUUAAUACUAAAAACCUGGUUUGUUUUACAGUUGUGUCAAACAUAAUUUUAAAAACUAAUGAUUGUCAUAAUUUUAUAAUUUCUUUAAACAGAUCUAUGUGAUAAAAACUUUCAGAAAUGUUAGUAAAUCUAAAUUGAUUCUAAGGUGGUUUUAUUAUUUUGUAAAAGUAUUAUCUGGUCACUUGGAUUCAGAAUUAAAAAGCAAUAAUAAUUAUAUGUGA